AUGUCUUACAACGAUAACGACCGCUCUUACGGCUCUGGAGGUAGCGACUCCUACGGCUCCUCCAACCGCAACACCGACUCCUACGGUUCGUCUGACCGCGACAAUGACAACUCCUUCGGAUCCUCCAACCGUGGCGGCAACGACUCCUACGGAUCGAGCAACAAUGAUUCAUAUGGCUCGUCCAACCGUGGCGACAAUGACUCCUACGGCUCUAGCAACAAGGAUUCGUACGGUUCUUCUAACACUGACUCCUACGGAUCCUCCAACCGCAGCGGUAACGACUCCUACGGCUCUAGCAACAAGGAUUCGUACGGCUCUUCCAACACUGAUUCCUACGGUUCCUCCAACCGCAGCGGUAACGAUUCUUACGGAUCGUCCGGCCGUGACAAUGACGACUCCUUCGGUUCUUCCAACCGUAAGACCGACACCUAUGGAUCGUCUGGCAACAGCGAUUCGUAUGGCUCCUCUGGCCGCGAUGGUAACACUUCCUCCUACGGCUCUUCGGGUCGUGACAACGACAAUGACAACUCGUACGGCUCGUCCGGCCGCAACACCGACUCGUAUGGAUCUGGCAACAACGAUUCCUACGGCUCUUCCAACAAGGACUCCUACGGGUCUUCCAAUAAGGACUCCUAUGGAUCUUCAAACAACGACUCCUAUGGCUCGUCCGGCCGUAACACCGACUCGUAUGGAUCUGGCAACAACGAUUCCUACGGCUCGUCCAACAAGGACUCCUACGGGUCUUCCGGUAACGACUCCUAUGGAUCGUCCAACCGCAGCGGCGGCGACAGCACCUUUGGAAAGGUCCUGGAGAAGGCUGGUGACCUGUUGAACAGCAACUCUCUGCAGGAGCGUGGCCAGGAGCGACGUGAGCAGAAGCGCUCGGAUGACUAUUAA